GUACCGUUAGGUAGUCCAUGGUAGUGAGUUUGUGUAUGUAGGUUUGGUAGAAAAGUAACGGCGAGAUCUUUGCUUCGUUGUUUCAUCUCUCACUUCUUUUGCGUCGACGACGAACCUUGGAGGGACGUUGCCCCACUGGCCGUUGCUUUUCGUCAGUCAACUCAUUGCUUGUCGUGCCAUACAACCUUGGAUCGAUCGAUCGAGUACUGUGGAAAACAAGUGCUAAAGGAAGCAGAUCAGCCAAACACACCGCUGCACUAAGCUGGAGUCAAAAGCAGGCUGAUACCCCCCAGAGAUUGGAAGACUCGACUGGGUAGUCGUAGAAACCGUUUGGACCGCCGAUCUCUCGUCAACAAAAGAAAGGAUUCUAUUGGCAAACGGCCAGCUGACAUACCUCUUUUCAUAUCCCACAAUAAUGAACGUCUACCCUUAUCACAGCGAAGAUGUGGAGUGUGCGGCAGUCUCCCGUGCUACUAUGGUUGCAACGAACAACAGCCAUCCGGUAGAUGAUAUGCUUGGCAUCUACUCUACCAGUGAAGAAGAGUUUUCGCAUUCCGCCGGUGGUACCAAUUCUGUUUCCACUUCCUUGCUGGUAGGGACAUUCUACAACCCUCACAAUGAUUCCUCAGACACCAAUUCAUUCGUCAGUAGCCUCCAAGAUGAACUCAGCAAUCGAGAUCCGCAAGAGACGUCACCGGAAGACAUGCCGACCCCCCGUGCCAGUAAUAAUAAUAAUAAUACUGCGCGGGAAGAAGGUGUUCCCACGUGGAAAGACGAAACGAGUCCUGAGCAAGCCCUGGGAUUGGAACCCACGCCAAGGCGUCGUCUUUGGUUUUGGGCGUUCGUCUUGGCGCUCUGUAUGUUGGUUGGAAUUGCCGUGGCCAUGGGAAUUGUGAUUGGAAUGAAACAUGAACAAAACAAACAGGCUGUAGUGCGUCCACCACAGUCGAUUGCGGCCAGUGAUGAAACCAAUCCCAACCGUGGUAGUAGUGUCAGUGCUACACAAGAAGAAGAAGAUCCAGAUACCAACAAGAAUGAGACAGGAGCAUCCAAUACUACCGAUGCCCCCACAUCAUCGCCUGUCAACAACAUGGACCAGCCUACUACGUCCAUCCCUCCGCCUCCGACACUCGAGCCCACUAUGAUUCUGGAAAUCAGUCCUGUGACGACGACGCAAUGGAUCAACGAAUUUGUGAGCAGUCUACCCGUCUACACACGACAAGCCCUCGAGAUUCCAACGUCUCCUCAGCAGCGAGCUCUCAACUGGGUGACCACGGAUCCAUACUUGACAUCGUACAGCCGGGAACAGUUGCUUCAGCGAUACGUGUUGAAAACAUUCUACUUUGCGACAAAUGGUGGAAACGAUGAACAUGAUGAUACCGAAGAACAAUGGAUCUACAUGGAGGGAUGGCAAUCAUCCUCGUAUUCCCAACACGAGUGUCAGUGGCAUACGACACAUCAAGACGAGGAAUCCAUGGAACCACCCUGCGACGAAGAUGGCGUCUACAAGAUCUUGGCCUUGCGGCGGAACAAUUUGCAUGGAUCCCUUCCUCCCGAAUUGGCCUUGAUGACGUCUCUUGCCACGUUGGAUCUCGAAUUGAACUCGAUUCAAUCUCAACUUCCCACCGAACUCGGGCUACUCACACAUCUGGAGCGCCUCAUCUUGGGAGGCAACGACUUGACUGGACCCAUUCCAACCGAGCUGGCUUCCAUGGCCAACUUGACCCACUUCGAGCUGGAGGACAAUGCCUUUAAUGAGUCCAUCCCCAGUGAACUUGGACUAUUGGCACACGUGGAGACGCUCACGUUGGAUGACAAUCAACUACGAGGCCCCAUUCCAUCGCAGCUAGGAGAACUUUCCCUCUUGAACCAACUUUCGUUGCAUGGCAAUGCCUUGACUGGGUCGUUGCCGACCGAGAUUGGCCUCUGGACUUCAUUGAGGUCACUGUCGCUGCGGAUCAACAUGUUCUCGGGAACGUUUCCAACCGAAGUUGGUCUGCUGACGGAGCUCGAGCGCUUGUGGGCGUAUCAAAAUGAACUCGAGGGAAGCCUCCCGACGGAACUAGGGCUUGCCACAUCACUGACGCUGUUGUCGUUCUCCCGCAACCUCAUGGUUGGAUCACUGCCGACGGAACUAGGCCAACUGAUGGAGCUCAAGAAUUUGUGGUUGUAUCAGAAUCUGUUUACGGGACCUAUUCCCUCGGAGCUCGGUUUGCUAUCAGAGCUAGAACUCUUGCAAAUUCGAGACAUUGGAAUCACAGGAUCAGUGCCUGCCGAAGUUUGUGACAUCCCCACAGCAGUGGUAACCAUUGAUUGCUUGGAAGUGGCAUGCAAUUGUGGUUGCACAUGUUCUCAAAACGAAGAGAGCACGGAUGACGGGAAGUAAGUAUCGAUCAGUCAUCAUUAGUUCUUUGGUGGUCCAGUGGAGAUCGACCAGCGGCAGCGAGACAUCCAUUCUUUCUGCGCUACUGUACGUACUGUAUGUUACAAGAACAAUCAAUGCACCCCGGCCAGGCCAAGAUUCUAUGAAGUGCGGCGGCUUAUUGUCUGGCUCGUAGUUCGUUUUUGCUUUUACUAUAUUAUAUGAUUCGAAUGAUAACUGUUCAAGUCUUGCUACGCUACUCUUUUAUACGUGCGUCCUCUUGAAAGAUUGAAAGACGUUUGCCG